CAUUCCUCGCAGAUCUCUCCCCGUCUCUCUCUCUCUCUCUCUCUCUCUCUCUCUACGUCCACUUUCCUUCCUCCAUCGCUACGGAGCUCAGACUCCCGAAGAAUUCUCCCCCCUGCUCCCUUCCCUCCCUCCCCGCGACGACCUCCUCCUCCAAUUGAAUCUGAUUAAGUAUGGCAACUCCGUACACCCCCAAGAACAUCCUCAUUACUGGGGCGGCUGGGUUCAUUGCCUCCCAUGUCUGCAACCGGCUUAUUCGGAACUACCCUGAGUACAAGAUCGUUGUCCUCGACAAGCUCGACUAUUGUUCAAACCUGAAGAACUUGAAUCCUUCACGGGAAUCUCCAAACUUCAAGUUCAUUAAAGGAGACAUUGCCAGUGCGGAUCUUGUCAACUUCAUUCUCAUGACGGAGUCCAUUGACACGAUCAUGCAUUUUGCAGCCCAGACACAUGUUGACAACUCCUUCGGCAAUAGCUUUGAGUUCACCAAGAACAACAUAUAUGGGACCCACGUUCUUCUAGAAGCCUGCAAAGUCACAGGACAAAUUAGGAGGUUCAUCCACGUGAGCACAGACGAAGUAUAUGGUGAAACUGACGAGGAUGCAGUCGUUGGAAACCAUGAGGCCUCUCAGCUCCUCCCGACAAACCCAUAUUCUGCCACGAAAGCUGGAGCAGAAAUGCUCGUGAUGGCAUACGGGCAGUCAUAUGGAUUACCUGUCAUAACUACCAGAGGGAAUAAUGUUUAUGGGCCCAAUCAAUUCCCAGAAAAGAUGAUUCCUAAAUUCAUGCUCUUGGCUAUGAAUGGCAAGACUCUUCCCAUUCAUGGGGAUGGGUCGAAUGUGAGGAGCUACCUCUAUUGCGAGGAUGUGGCAGAGGCAUUCGAGGUCAUUCUUCACAAGGGUGAAGUAGGACAUGUCUACAAUAUUGGGACGAAGAAGGAGCGAAGGGUCAUUGAUGUGGCCAGGGAGAUCUGCAAGCUUUUUGGUUUGGACCCUGACACAAACAUCAAGUUUGUCGAGAACAGACCCUUUAAUGACCAGAGGUAUUUCUUGGAUGAUCAGAAGCUGAAGAACCUUGGAUGGUCCGAGCAAACCCCAUGGGAGGAGGGGCUGAGGAGGACUAUGGAAUGGUAUGUGGGCAACCCGGACUGGUGGGGAGAUGUUUCGGGGGCACUGCUCCCACAUCCACGAAUGCUGACAGUGCCAGGAAUUGAGAGGAAAUUUGAUGGCCCUGAUAUUAACAACUCUCCCUCCUCUUUCGUGGCCAAUAGCCCUCGUGUGAAUGGAAAGUUGCUUCAAGCACCAAAGAGCAACAGCAGCCUUGGAGAAAAGCCAUCCCUGAAGUUCUUGAUUUAUGGGAGGACUGGGUGGAUUGGUGGCCUCCUCGGGGAGAUAUGUGAAAAGCAAGGGAUACCCUUCGAGUAUGGGAGGGGCCGCCUUGAGAACCGGUCAUCUCUCUUGGCAGAUAUCCAGAAUGUGAAGCCAACGCACGUGUUUAAUGCUGCUGGAGUCACCGGCAGACCAAACGUCGACUGGUGCGAGACUCACAAGACGGAGACGAUCCGCACCAAUGUUGCCGGUACCUUAACCUUGGCAGAUGUCUGUAGAGAGCGGGGGCUCUUGAUGAUGAACUAUGCUACAGGAUGUAUUUUUGAGUAUGACGAUGCUCAUCCACUGGGGUCGGGCAUUGGCUUCAAGGAGGAAGAUAAGCCAAAUUUCACCGGUUCCUUCUACUCAAAAACCAAGGCCAUGGUCGAGGAGCUUCUGCAAGAAUACGACAAUGUGUGCACUAUGAGAAUCCGAAUGCCGAUCUCAUCUGACCUGAGCAACCCACGAAACUUCAUCACAAAGAUCUCUAAAUACAACAAAGUGGUCAACAUCCCCAACAGCAUGACAAUCCUGGAUGAACUCCUGCCCAUCUCCGUGGAGAUGGCCAAGAGGAACUUAAAGGGUAUCUGGAACUUCACAAACCCUGGGGCUGUGAGUCACAACGAGAUACUCGAGAUGUACAAGGCCUACAUUGACCCGAGCUUCGAAUGGGUUAACUUCACCUUGGAAGAGCAGGCGAAGGUGAUUGUUGCCCCAAGAAGCAACAAUGAGAUGGACGGUUCCAAGUUGAAGAGCGAGUUCCCGGAGAUAUUGUCCAUCAAGGAGUCACUCAUAAAGUACGUCUUCGAGCCAAACAAGAAGACCUCCAAAUAAAGGGGACAUUGAGAUCAUGAUCCAUUGCUGCAGAAGCCUCGGUAUCGAAUUUCCGCCUUCGUCAUUUCACUCGGUGGCGAUGGGCUUUGUAUCACUUCUGUUUUAUCUUUCUUUUUAAGUUAAAAGAAUAAUUUCAUCCCCUGAAUCCAGAUUAUUUCAUUGUUGUAGCUAUGGUUGGUUUAUUUGGCUUCAGGGCAUUUUCUUAUCUGUUUUAAGUUUUGGCUCAGCUCGCUCCCGCAGUCAUUUUACACACUUUAGAGGAAUCGGAUGUAAUUAUCUUCAGCGGUCUAAGUUAUGCUGAUUGCAGCCACCUAUAUAAGUUUGUUAAAGAGUUUA